AGAUUGCCGCAUAGGUAAGCAGAAAUCUGCUCUCAUUCUCUUUUGGCCACAAGCAGGCAUGUCUUAGGAGCGCAAGGGUAGGAAGAUCUCUAACUGUGCUUGGAAACUUGGGAAGUUACCAUGUCUGGCUAAAGUGGUAUUGUCUUAAGGAAAACCUAUGAAUUUGCCUGCGUUGGCUUGGUGCUGAGGAAAGUGGAAGAGAGAGGCUGGGGUACACCUUUCAACAUGAAUGGAACUGACCACUGGAGGGAAAGAACAAGAAACAGCAGUGAGAACAAGGAACAAAGACCAUCCAGCCCAUCACCCACCUGGGGGGAAGUGAGGGGAGAUGGGCAGGGUGACAACGUGGCCAACAUCUAAAGUGUGAAGAGGGGCUUUUACCAAGUGCCCACCCCGUCCGGAGCAGGGGGCAACCAACAGCAUCUGGCGGGUCUUACUACUGGGCAGAGGCAGGGGAACCCUGCUGGGGUCACGAAGGCUGCUCUCGCCGGCGGUGUUGGAACGUGGACACGUGCGCUUUGGUAAUACGGCAGCCUCCCCCGCGGGCGCAGUCCCCGCUGCGAGCGCCCCCGGCUGCUGAGGCGGGACCGAGGACCCGGAGAUUUGAGCCGCGGGUGGGCGGGGAGGGGCCUUUGUGACCUGCCCGCCCCUCCCCGGCACUGUGAUGCCGGGGGGCAGCUGCGGGCCCGGCGCGCCUGUCCCCGGCGUCCCCUCCUCCCGGUGUGUCACAACGGCGGAGGCGGCUGUAUCUGGAGCAGUCGGGGCGGGCAGGCCCAGCUGAGAGGUGCGCGGGCGAGGACAGCGGCAGCGAUGCGGGAAUGCAUAUCAGUCCACGUGGGCCAAGCGGGAGUUCAGAUUGGCAAUGCCUGCUGGGAGCUCUUCUGCCUGGAACACGGCAUCCAGGCAGACGGCACUUUUGAUGCUCAAGCCAGCAAGAUCAACGAUGAUGACUCCUUCACCACCUUUUUCAGCGAGACUGGCAAUGGGAAGCAUGUGCCCCGGGCCGUCAUGAUAGAUCUGGAGCCUACUGUAGUGGAUGAGGUUCGGGCAGGAACCUACCGCCAGCUCUUCCAUCCAGAGCAGCUGAUCACAGGAAAGGAGGAUGCAGCCAACAACUAUGCCCGGGGCCACUACACGGUGGGCAAGGAGAGCAUUGACCUGGUGCUGGACCGCAUACGGAAGCUGACAGAUGCUUGCUCUGGCCUGCAGGGCUUCCUGAUUUUCCACAGUUUUGGUGGGGGCACUGGCUCCGGCUUCACUUCUCUGCUGAUGGAACGCCUCUCCCUGGAUUAUGGCAAGAAAUCCAAGCUGGAGUUUGCCAUCUACCCAGCCCCCCAGGUCUCUACUGCAGUGGUGGAGCCCUACAACUCCAUCCUGACCACCCACACCACACUGGAACAUUCAGAUUGUGCUUUCAUGGUGGACAACGAAGCCAUCUAUGACAUCUGCCGCAGGAACCUUGACAUCGAGCGCCCUACCUAUACCAACCUCAACCGCCUCAUCAGUCAGAUUGUGUCCUCAAUCACUGCUUCUCUCCGCUUUGACGGGGCCCUCAAUGUGGACCUCACUGAGUUCCAGACCAACCUGGUGCCCUACCCCCGCAUCCACUUCCCGCUGGUCACCUACGCGCCCAUCAUCUCUGCCGAGAAAGCCUAUCACGAACAGCUCUCUGUGGCCGAGAUCACCAGCUCCUGCUUUGAGCCCAACAGCCAGAUGGUGAAGUGCGACCCGAGACAUGGCAAGUACAUGGCCUGCUGCAUGCUCUACCGGGGCGACGUGGUGCCCAAGGAUGUGAAUGUCGCUAUUGCUGCCAUCAAGACCAAGAGGACCAUCCAGUUUGUAGACUGGUGUCCCACAGGCUUCAAGGUGGGCAUCAACUACCAGCCCCCGACCGUGGUCCCCGGGGGAGACCUGGCCAAGGUGCAGCGGGCCGUCUGCAUGCUCAGCAACACCACGGCCAUCGCGGAGGCCUGGGCCCGCCUCGACCACAAGUUCGACCUCAUGUACGCCAAGCGGGCCUUUGUGCAUUGGUAUGUGGGAGAGGGGAUGGAGGAAGGAGAAUUUUCUGAGGCCAGGGAAGACUUAGCUGCCCUGGAGAAGGAUUAUGAAGAAGUGGGGACUGAUUCGUUUGAAGAAGAAAAUGAAGGGGAGGAAUUUUAAAUAUAUACCUUCCCCUUG